CUCGACACUGAUAUUCUCUGCACUUCAGCUUUCGUCACACUCUCACCGCCCAGCCCCCUUGAACCUCUCUACUCUGAACCCUCUGAAAACCGACACUGCUCAGUCAUGGCAUCUUCUGAAUCGUGGCCUCCAGCAUUGAAAGAAUGGGUCGCAGGCUGCUUGGGAAAGAUGACAGAUUCCAAUAAGGACGAGGCCCAGAAAGAACUACGAAAGGUAAUCUCUGACGCUUACAACUCUAAGGCGUUGUGGACCACGGACUGGGCCGGCGUGCAGUUACAGAGUCUUCUUCCCAAACCCUUGCCCGUUGCUAAUAAUUUGAAACGCAAACUCCAAGACAACAUUUCUCCCAACAAUAAGAAGGCAAAGAAGAACCAAAUGGCAAAGGCUGCGGCCCAUACUUCUUUCGAUGUAAACGAUCGCGCUGCUCUAGACAGACGGGCACAGCGUUUCGCCAGAGAGCACCAGAUUGAAGCUCAGAAGGCCACCCCUACGUAUAACACUGGUGGUCAGGCCUCGCUCUUCAGAAAUAAUCCUCGCAACUCUCACCUGUACGACCACUUACGCUCUGGCUCUCCUUUCCUGAGCCCGGACGGUCCUGAGGGAGAUCCCAACGUGCCCAAUUGGGACAAACACACAAUCGUUGGGACAUCUCAGGAAAUUUUCAAAGACUAUCUUCGUUUGACUUCAGAUCCUAAACCUGAACUGAUACGGCCGUUCCCCGUCUUGAAAAGAACCCUUGCGGAACUUACGACACGGUGGAAAGCAAAGAGCACCAAUUACAACUGGAUGUGUAGCCAACUUAAGAGCUUGCGGCAAGAUCUCACAGUGCAGCGAAUAAAGAACGACUUCACGGUUACUGUCUACGAGAUCCACGCGCGUAUGGCUCUGGAAUCGAGUGACAUGGUAGAGUAUAAUGCGUGCCAAGCAACCCUCAAGACGUUGUACGAACUCGGGAUACCUGGAAAGAUCUCAGAGUUCACGGCCUAUCACAUUCUCACGCUCCUUCAUGGCCACAAUAGAAGCGAUUUAAACCUUUACGUAGGUCAGCUAACGACAGAGUUGAAAGGAACACCGGCGGUGCAACAUGCCUUGGCCGUUCAGCGAUCCAUUGCGAUGGGCAAUUAUCAUGCACUUUUUGACCAGUACCUGAAAGCACCGAACAUGGGCGGCUACAUCAUGGAUCAUUUUGUAGAGAGAGAACGUAUACGAGCGUUACUUUCAAUGUCAAAAUCAUACCAACAAAUAUCCCUCCAUGUUGUCAUGCAAGAGCUCGCCUUCGACAACUACACCGAAGUACGCGAAUUUCUCCAGAAGUACAAUGCCGCUAUCUUCAAGAACGCAGGCAGUCCUGACCCGGACAAGAACAUCGACUGUAAGACAGCGUCGGGGCCGCUCGCACAGGCUUUCGAGGAGAAGUAUCGGAAGGUGCAGAUCAAGGGCGCCAUUUGAUCUACUCACUUGCCUUGGUGGUUCAUGUUUCGUCUUGUUUCGGGGUCUGGCUGGGAUGCAUUUUACCCUUACUUCAUUAUCUUAUAUCUUUUUUGUCAUCGUCUAUUUCCCUUGUCGCGCUGUCGUAUAUUUACCACUGUAGGAAUCGACUCCCC